AUGUCUGUUAAUUCUGACAUACAUACGGCGACUACAACUACAUAUAUUGCAGAAGAAGGAGAACAUAAAAAUGACAAGGAGGAUAGUAGCCAAACCGACAUUGACAUCGAUUACUCUAUCGUAGACGCACUACCGCCCGUUCUAAAAAAGCAAUUAUCAGAAAAAAAAGAAAAAUCCGAAAAACUAAAAGACGAUCAAACAAUUGGAAGUAGUGAUGAUGACGAAGACAAGACAAAAAAACCACCAACUGUCGGCUUAUUUGAACUAUUCAAAUUCUCAAAUGGAACUGACAAACUAUUAAUGUUGAUUGGUUCUCUUGGUGCAACUGUAAAUGGGACGAUACUUCCAUUGAUGACGAUUUUCUUUGGAAGGUUUAUCACAGCGUUUGGUGUUUACGCGCUAGCUGUGAGAACGCAACCUGCUGAUACUUUAGCGGAUGCGAAACAGACUCUUGAGGAUGAAAUUAAGGAGAAUAUUCUAUUUUUUUUAGCUCUAGGGGUUGCUGCUUUUGUGUCUUCGUAUGUACAAAUGACAUGUUGGAUGAUAGCUGGUGAAAAUCAGGCAAAGCGAGUACGUGAAUUUUAUUACGCGGCAUUAUUAAGACAAGAUAUUUCAUGGUUCGAUGCAAUGUCAACCGGUGAAGUCACUACUCGAAUUACAGCCGAUACGAACAUAUUUCAAGAAGGAGUUUCGGAAAAAGUCGGCAUGAUUAUACAAUAUAUCGUUACUUUUAUUAGCGCUUUUGUCAUUGGUUUUGUUAAAGGAUGGAAACUUGCACUUGUUCUCUGUUGCGUUAUUCCGUUAUUAGCGCUUGCUGGUGGUGCAAUGUCGAAAGCUAUGGCUGAGACUACUACUGAUGGACAAGAUGCACACGCUGGUGCAGGUGCAGUAGCAGAACAAGCAAUAUCCGGCGUACGAACAGUCUUCGCAUUCGGUGGUGAAAAACACGAAAUAAAAAGAUACUUUGCACAACUACAAGUCGCAUACAAAUCCGGAAAAAGGAAGGCGAUCAUAAGUGGACUGGGUCUCGGCUCAAUUUUCCUAAUCAUGUUCUGUACAUAUGGUCUCGGUUUCUGGUACGGCAGCCGACUGGUAGAAAGAAGAGAAAAGACUGGUGGGGAAGUACUGAAUACAUUUUUCGCGGUAAUGUUUGGCGCUUUCACUUUGGGAAAUUCUGCACCUCAUUUCUCCGCUGUUGGAAAAGGAUUGGGUGCCGCCGCGUCAUUGUUUAGCGUGAUUAGUCGCGUACCUCCGAUUGAUGUCUCUUCGGAAAGCGGAAAGAAGCUAGUGAAGUCCCAAGUGAAGGGUAGGAUGGAAUUCCGAAAUCUCAAUUUUCAUUAUCCACAACGACCGGAUGUUCCCGUUUUGAAAAACUUCUCUCUUACUAUUGAGCCUGGACAGACAGUUGCAUUGGUUGGAAGUUCUGGAUCGGGAAAAUCAACAAUUGUCGGUUUAUUGGAACGGUUUUAUGAUCCAAUCAGUGGAUCAAUCUUAUUAGACGGUGAUGACAUUAAAGAUAUUAAUAUAAAAUCGUUGAGGACGCAAAUUGGUCUUGUUGGACAAGAACCCGUUUUAUUCCCAGAAACUAUCGCACAGAAUAUCAAAUGGGGAGGAAUGCCGAAUGAGAAGGAACCCUCGUUAGAAGAGGUUAUCGAAGUAUGUAAGAAAGCGAAUGCAAACGAAUUUAUUGAAGAAUUGCCGGAUAAGUAUGAUACUUUAGUAGGGGAAAAAGGUUCUCUAUUAUCGGGUGGACAGAAACAACGAAUUGCGAUUGCACGUGCAUUGAUUAAAGAUCCGGCAAUUUUAUUACUUGACGAAGCGACAUCUGCUCUUGAUAGUGAAUCUGAACGACUUGUACAGACAGCACUUGAUGCUGCAAGUACUAAUCGUACUACUAUUGUAGUCGCUCAUCGUCUAUCCACGAUAAAAAAUGCUGAUAAUAUUGUGGUGAUGUCGAAAGGAGAAAUAGUCGAAACAGGAAAACAUGAUGAAUUGAUUGAGCGAAAGGGAAUGUAUUAUGACUUGGUAAAAGCGCAAGAACUUAAAACACAAAAAAAAUCAGAAGAGGAGGAUGAUGACGAAGAAUUAUCAAUGAUUAGUGAUCUAGAGGACGAUACUGCAAUAACAAUUGAGGAAAAUCUAGCUCAUAAAGACACACUACGUCGCAUGUCCACCAAAGCAACUGUACUCUCCACGAAAACAAACGAAGAAUUACGUGCAGAAGAAGAAGCUGAAGCUGCUAAAAAGAAAGCACCAUUUGGCCGCGUGGCAAGAUUAAAUGCUUCGGAAUGGCCACUUAUCUUGGCUGGUUCAUUUGGGUCUUCGCUAUUUGGUGCACAGAUGCCAUUGUUCUCGGUGGUUUUCGCGCAUAUUUUGGAGACAUUAACCAAACUUGAUGAUCUUCCUACAUUAAGAAAAGAAUCGAAUUUUUGGGCGGGGAUGUUUGUGUUGCUUGGCCUUGUGGCUUUUAUUGGAAAUUUCCUAAAUUUGUGUUGUUUCUCGUUAAGCGCCGAGAGAUUGACGCGUCGUCUUCGAGACAUGGCAUUCAGAGCAAUAAUGGCACAAGAAAUCGGAUUUUUCGACGAAGAAAAAAACAAUACUGGAGCAUUAACUUCAAAACUUGCGGGUGACGCGUCAAAAGUUGAAGGAUUAACUGGAAGUUUAUUGGGAACCGUGGUUCAAACUAUUGUCGCCAUGAGUGUUGGUAUGAUUAUUGCAUUUGCUAAUGGUUGGAAAUUAACCCUUGUCGUGUUGUCUGCGCUUCCUCUUGUUGUUUUUGCCGGACUAUUUCAAAUGAAGACUUUAGCUGGAUAUGGACAAAAGACUGCCAAAGCAUACGAAGAUUCUGGACAAAUCGUACAACAAUCCGUAUCAAACAUGCGAACUAUCGCCGCAUUAAGUCGUGAAGAAUCGUUCAAAGUACUGUAUGGCCAGUCACUCGAAGAACCACACAAGAUUGCCGUCAAGGGCUCGAUAUUUUCGUCAUUUGGGUUCGGACUUUCGCAGGCCGUUUUAUACUUUAUUUGGAGUUUAUCGUUCUGGUAUGGCUCAAGAUUACAAAUCAGCGGUGAAUACAGCAAUAGUCAAAUGAAUAAUGUGUUAUUUACUGUAGUGUUUUCAGCUUUCGCGUUGGGUCAGAUUGGAGCAUUCGCACCAAAUGUUGCUAAAGCAAAAAUUGCAGCAAUCGCUAUAUUCGAACUCGUUGACCGUAAAUCAUUAAUCAAUGUCUCGGAAACCUUAGAAAACGAUCGUCCAACACCAGUAACAGGCACCGCCAGCGCACACGGUGUACGAUUCAACUACCCCGCACGGCCAGAUGUUCCAAUCUUACGUGGCUUCGAUUUAUCAGUACUCGCUGGAAAAACUGUAGCAAUCGUCGGUUCAUCCGGAUCAGGAAAAUCGACAGUAGUCUCACUGGUAUUACGGUACUAUGACGUUGCGUCGGGAAGCGUAAAAGUCGAGCAUGUCAAUGUCCGAGAGUGGAAUUUAGAGUAUUUACGUUCAAAUAUGGCGUUAGUUGGUCAAGAACCUGUGUUGUUUGAUAUUAGUAUUGGUGAUAAUAUUCGAUAUGGCAAAGAGGGAUGCACGCAAGAAGAGAUUGAAGAGGCAGCAAAAGCAGCAAAUAUCCACAAUUUUAUUGAAAGUCUGCCGGAAAAAUAUAACACACGGGUUGGUGAAAAAGGAUCACAGUUGUCUGGUGGACAGAAACAACGUAUUGCAAUUGCGCGAGCACUAAUACGACAGCCAAAACUAUUAUUACUGGACGAGGCAACAUCUGCACUCGACUCUGAAUCCGAGAAAGUUGUACAAAAUGCAUUAGAUCGCGCCGCAAAAAAUCGAACAACCAUCACUAUCGCACAUCGUUUAUCCACAAUACAGAACGCCGACUUGAUAUUAGUGGUGAAAAAAGGUCAGGUGGUUGAGCAGGGAAAUCAUAUGGAGCUUAUUGCUCGGCGUGGACUAUAUUUUGAACUCGUGAAUAAGCAGCA